AUGUCUUUUUAUUCCAAGCAGGACUGUGAUAUGGAUUUAGAGCUCCAGGACUUUUAUAACAAGACACUUGCCACUGAGAACAGUACUGGGGCCCCUCGGAGCUCUGAUUUCCCAGUGUGGGAUGACUAUAAAAGCAGUGUAGAUGACCUGCAGUAUUUUCUGAUUGGACUUUAUACAUUUGUAAGUCUUCUUGGUUUCAUGGGGAAUCUCCUUAUUUUAAUGGCACUCAUGAGAAAGCGUAACCAGAAGACUACAGUAAACUUCCUCAUAGGAAAUUUGGCCUUCUCUGAUAUCUUGGUUGUGUUGUUUUGCUCACCUUUCACACUGACCUCCGUCUUGCUGGAUCAGUGGAUGUUUGGCAAAGUCAUGUGUCAUAUUAUGCCUUUUCUUCAGUGUGUUUCAGUUCUGGUCUCAACUUUAAUUUUAAUAUCAAUUGCCAUUGUCAGGUAUCAUAUGAUAAAACAUCCUAUAUCUAAUAAUUUAACAGCAAACCAUGGCUACUUCUUGAUAGCUACUGUCUGGACGCUAGGUUUUGCGAUUUGUUCUCCUCUUCCAGUGUUUCACAGUCUGGUGGAACUUCAGGAAACAUUUGGCUCAACGUUGCUGAGCAGCAGGUAUUUAUGCGUUGAGUCGUGGCCAUCCGAUUCAUACAGAAUUGCUUUUACCAUCUCUUUAUUGCUAGUUCAGUAUAUUCUGCCCUUGGUGUGUCUAACCAUAAGUCAUACCAGUGUCUGCAGGAGUAUAAGCUGUGGGUUGUCCAACCAAGAAAGCAAACUAGAAGAAAAUGAGAUGAUCAACUUAACUCUUCAUCCAUUCAAAAAGAGUGGGCCUCAGGGGAAACUUUCCAGCAGCCAGAAAUGGAGUUAUUCAUUCAUCAGAAAACACAGAAGAAGAUACAGCAAGAAGACAGCGUGCGUGUUACCUGCUCCAGCAAGACCUUCUCAAGAGAACCAUUCAAGAAUGCUUCCAGAAAACUUUGGGUCUGUAAAAAGUCAGCUCUCGUCAUCCAGUAAGUUCAUACCAGGAGUCCCCACCUGCUUUGAGAUGAAACCUGAAGAAAACUCAGAUGUUCAUGAAAUGAGAGUAAACCGUUCGAUCAUGAGGAUAAAAAAGAGAUCUCGAAGUGUUUUUUAUAGACUAACCAUAUUGAUAUUGGUGUUUGCUGUUAGCUGGAUGCCACUACACCUUUUCCAUGUGGUAACUGAUUUUAAUGAUAACCUUAUUUCAAAUAGGCAUUUCAAGUUGGUGUAUUGCAUCUGUCAUUUGUUAGGCAUGAUGUCUUGUUGUCUGAAUCCUAUUCUGUAUGGAUUUCUUAAUAAUGGGAUCAAAGCUGAUUUAAUUUCCCUUAUACAGUGUCUUCAUAUGUCAUAA